AUGUUCCACGUGUACAAGAGGGAUCCAGAAGACCUAAACCCGAAUACCUACGACACUAGGCUUGUUGAGGUAUAUUCCCUAGGUGAUGAAGCCCUUUUUCUGGAUUUAGGCACAACCGUGAAAGUGGCUGCUGAUCAUGCUCUUGGUAUCGAGCCAAACUCCAUCUAUUUCACACGUGGUGACCGUUACCGUCACAAGAAAGUUUCAUGCCUCGACAUCGGUGUCUUCAAUCUUGCAACAAAGAAUAUCAAACGCUUCCCCGGUCUCUCCAACUUGAAUGUCAAUGAUGCUCAAUGGUUUCUCCCUCGGUGA